AAAUGUCGUCAAGAAUGCAAGAAGUCGUGCCCUGUGGUGCGGUCCGGCAAACUUUGCAUCGAGGUCGCCCCCGAAUCACGAAUUGCCUUCAUCUCCGAAUCCCUUUGCAUCGGUUGUGGUAUCUGCCCCAAACGCUGCCCCUUCGGCGCUAUCACUAUCAUCAACCUGCCUACGAACCUCGAGAGUCAGAUCACCCAUCGUUAUUCGGCCAACAGCUUCAAGCUCCAUCGUCUGCCUAUGCCCAGACCCGGAAAUGUGUUGGGUUUGGUCGGAACAAACGGUAUCGGCAAGAGUACUGCGCUCAAGAUUCUCAGCGGCAAGCUUAAGCCCAACCUGGGCAGAUUCGAUAACCCGCCAGACUGGGAGGAUGUCAUUAAGCACUUCCGUGGUUCUGAAUUGCAGAACUACUUCACCAAGCUUCUGGAGGAUGACCUGAAGUCCAUCGUCAAGCCCCAAUACGUUGACCAGAUCCCCAAGGCUAUUCGUGGUACCGAUCGUUCUGUCCAGUUCUUGCUCGAGAGCCGCCACACUCUCGGUAACCUGGACUCUGUGCUCGAUACCCUUGAGCUGCGUCACAUUCUUGAUCGUGAUGUGAGCCAUCUUUCCGGUGGUGAGCUUCAGCGUUUCGCCAUUGGUACCACUUGCGUAUCCAAAGCCGAUGUCUACAUGUUUGACGAGCCCUCUUCCUAUCUCGAUGUCAAGCAGAGAUUGAGCGCUGCCCGCAUGAUCCGGUCUCUUCUCCGCCCAGAUGAUUAUGUCAUUGUCGUCGAGCACGAUUUGUCCGUUCUUGACUAUCUUUCCGACUUUGUGUGCGUUUUGUACGGACAGCCUGCCGUCUAUGGUGUCGUCACCCUUCCCUACUCCGUCCGUGAAGGCAUCAACAUCUUCUUGGAUGGUCACAUCCCCACCGAGAACUUGCGUUUCCGUGAUGAAAGUUUGACUUUCCGCAUCGCUGAGGGUACCGAGGACCUCCUCGUCGAGAAGUCCCGUGCUUUCAAAUACCCCAAGAUGGAGAAGACUCUGGGCAACUUCCACCUCAGCAUCGACGCUGGCGAUUUCUCUGACUCUGAGAUUAUCGUCAUGAUGGGUGAGAACGGAACCGGAAAGACCACUUUCUGCCGCAUGCUGGCCGGUGUGCUCAAGCCUGAUGGAACCCAGAAGGUCCCUGAGAUGAAGAUUAGCAUGAAGCCCCAGACGAUCACGCCCAAGUUCGAGGGUACCGUUCGCAUGCUUUUCUUCAAGAAGAUCAAGGCUGCUUUCUUGUCUCCUCAGUUCCAGACUGAUGUCGUCAAGCCCCUCAAGCUUGAUGAUUUCAUUGAUCAAGAAGUCAAGAACUUGUCCGGUGGUGAACUUCAAAGAGUCGCUAUUGUGUUGGCCCUCGGUAUCCCUGCCGACAUCUACGUCAUUGAUGAGCCCUCUGCCUAUCUCGAUUCCGAGCAGCGUAUUGUGGCCUCUCGUGUCAUCAAGAGAUUCAUCAUGCACGCCAAGAAGACUGCCUUCAUCGUCGAGCACGAUUUCAUCAUGGCCACUUACCUUGCCGAUCGUGUCAUUGUCUUCGACGGCCAGCCCGGUAUCGAUGCCCACGCCAACAAGCCCGAGUCUCUCCUCACUGGUUGCAACACCUUCUUGAAGAACUUGGACGUCACCUUCCGUCGUGACCCUACCAACUACCGUCCUCGUAUCAACAAGGCCAGCUCCCAUUCUUCUUGGAGGAGCCCGACAAACAGUGAAAAGGGCAUCCCAAAGGACAACAAGAAACAAGACUCUCUUCCCCCUCCUCAUGACGAUGCAUCGGAUCCUGGCGUUUUAGGCGUACAAAAUGGUGAUACCUGUAUAAAUCGAACCGGCGGCGCCCGGGGAGGUUUAGGGGUUGUAUCUGAGGAAGGGGGCACGUCCGAGGACGACGAUCCCGACAUAGGACAGCGGUGGCGGUCUAUCCCCUCUUGCCUGGUCCUACCAAGACGCCACUUCCGGGAAGUAGUGGGCAAGUAUGUCUUCUGUCGCAGAUGGAUCACAUCUUGGUAG